AUGAGGGGCUUCCUUGCAAAGUUCCGAACCGGCGAAAGGUUCGAGUUGAACAGAGCCCAGGCGCUGACGAUCCUCAUGGCCCAUCCCACGAUACAGUACGAUACCGAGUAUGAGUACCAAUCCAGGAACAUCAAGUACACUCUAGAAUGCUUCAAAACUAUGUUCAUGGAUGAAUUCAAGGUACCGUUGUUCCUGAUCAUAUUCGUGAUGGUAGUUCUCGCCUUAGUGAUCUACGGUGAUAAUGCAAAAGUUUCCAAAAGAGACAAUGCUCAACAUAUGUACAGUUUCCUGGAGAACGAGGUGAUGAUAGCCACCAGACCGAUCAGCGAGCAUACUCUACGACAUAUGCUCUUUGAAAGAUCUUGGUGCACGCAGAAGGGAACCGACGACUCAAACAUAAAUUGGGGGACCAGUUCGGAUAUCCAGUCAGAUGCUGGGUGGCCAGCUAAGACUGCGUGA